AUGAGCAACUUCAACAUGAAGGGCGGAGAGGCGAAGAAGCCAUCCAUGGACGGCCUCGUCAAAACCAUGUCCGUGCUGCUAAGGGACAAUGAAUGCGCCUUCAAUUUGGAAGAGCAGGAAAACCAACGAAGCCCAGAUAAGAAAUCGCAGGACAAAAAAGACAGUGAGAUGAUUGACUGUUUGAUGCAAAAGUUAACCUCGAAAAAGUUCCUAGAGGAAAAGGAAACGAAGAACUCCUUCUACCUUGUAGAUAACGAAAAUAUGAAGAUAAAAAAGCUAAAGGAACAUGGUCAUUCGGCAUCCCUAAAUGAUGAUUUGAGUCCUCUACAGUAUGAAAGGAUAAAGUACCAACCUACCUUACCCAAGGCGCUGGCAAGUGAGUACCAAAUAUUGGAAGAAAACCACGGGGACGAUUUUAUUAACAAGAAUGAUUAUGAGGAGGUUAAGAAGUUUUUAAAGAAUCUACACAACCUACCCAUUUUGAACGUGAAGGAAACUAAUAACCAUGAAUCUUUCAAAGGAGGAAAUGUACUAAAAAUUGGUAUUAUUUUAUCUGGUGGUCCUGCACCAGGUGGGCACAACGUUAUAUCUGGUAUCUACGACUAUGCCAAGAGGUACAAUGAGCAGUCUCAGGUUAUUGGUUUUUUAGGAGGCAUAGAUGGAUUGUAUAGCAAAAAUUACGUAACCAUUACGGACUCUUUGAUGAACCGAUUUCGUAACUUGGGAGGGUUCAACAUGCUGUGGUCAGGGAGAGGAAAGGUAAGGAAUAAAGACGACUUGAUUGCCAUAGAAAAUAUCGUUGCAAAGUUGAAGAUGAACGGGUUGGUAAUAAUUGGAGGGGAUGGAUCCAACAGUAACGCAGCUUUGAUAUCUGAGUAUUUCGCCGAGAGGAAGAUCCCCAUUUCUAUUAUCGGUAUCCCGAAAACCAUCGAUGGGGAUUUAAAAAGUGAAGCAAUUGAAAUUAGCUUUGGGUUCGAUACAGCCACGAAGACGUACUCAGAAGUGAUAGGAAAUCUAUGCACAGAUGUGAAGACAGGAAAUAAUGUAUACCACGUGGUGAGAGUAAUGGGAAGGUCUGCAUCUCAUGUAGUGUUAGAGUGUGCUCUGCAGACUAGGCCGAAUAUAGUCCUCAUAGGGGAAGAAGUAGAGAAGGAAAAAUUGUCCCUAAAGGAUAUCGUAAGUAAUAUUGUUAAUACUAUACUGAAGAGAAGGUCACUGAAUAAAAACUAUGGUGUUAUUUUAAUUCCAGAGGGGUUGAUCGAAUUUGUUCCAGAAAUGAAAAUUCUAAUCGGAGAGUUGAAUGUCAUUUUGAAGGAGGGCCCAUUUGAUGCAGACAAAUUGAAGCACUCUAGAGAGGUCUGGGAUUUCUUACCCAGUAUUAUACAGGACCAGCUUCUAAUGGAUAGGGAAUCUACUGGAUAUAUUCAAGUGGGAAAAAUAGCAACAGAGAGGUUAAUCAUUGUUCUGGUCGAAUCUGAGCUAGCAAAAAUGAAGGACAAUAAUUUGAAUAUUCAGUUUAUGGCUCACUAUUUAGGAUAUGAAGGGAGGUGUGCCAUUCCUUCCAACUUUGAUUGCAACUAUUGCUAUGCCCUUGGGUACAAUGCUGCUUUGCUAAUUGAUCAUAAGAAGACGGGAUACAUGUCUAUUAUACAAAACUUAGAAGAUUCCUAUUCCAAUUGGAUCCCUGCAGCCAUUCCGUUUCUACGUAUCAUGCAUGUGAAUAGGGACAACACAGGGAAGGAGUUCCCCGCUGUGAAGAGAUACCUUGUAGAUUUGAACAGCCCCCUCUUCAACGUAUUGAAGGAAGUGCGUAAUUUGUGGUCCCUCUAUGAUUUGUAUAGAUCUCCUGGGCCGAUUCAAUUCAAUGGGCAUUUAAGCAACUCCAGAUGCUACACAGUGAAGAUACCCACGAAGAACGAACUCCUGUGCCAAAACUCGGAAGACUUACAGUUGAUUAUUAAUUUGGCGAAUAAGACGAACCAUGUUGGGGACUAUAUCACGGGUGGAUCUGAAGAGGAGGGGGACAACCAGAUGGAUCCGCACAACAAGGGAAACGAACUUGGUGCGGUUAGCGCUACUCCUAAGGGGGCUCACGAAAAUUCCCUAUCCACUCACAGCAAACAAUUUGGACACGAUUCGACAUCCGCCGCAGGGAAGACGAUCCACUCCGACCUGGUGAGCGAAACAAGUGGCAACGCAGAUCAAGUGGAAAACAACUCCUACGAACAGCACUGCUCCAGUUACAAGUCCCUAGGGUGCAUGUCCGAAUUGCAGACCUCCAGGUUGUACAACAAGCUGAUGCUGCUUGAACUAUGCUCAGAUUUGAAGGCCAAAGUGAGGGCAGGAAAGCAGUACAUAUCGAGUGACCCCUACACGCAAAAGCAGAUCCUGUCCAACUACCCCCACAUGUCAUAUGAAAAUAAAUUUCAAAUACAGGAAAUUUUUCAUGACAAAUAUGCCACUCCAAUAUCGUUUGAAAUAAAAAUAGGAAUUGUAUUCUUAUCUAGACAGGCACCCGGAGCGAUGAAUGUGUUGUGCGGUCUCUACCACCGAUUGAAGCUGCUAAAGGGGGUAUGCAUUGCCUUUUACGGUUUGUAUGGCCUAUUAAACAACAAGUAUAUCAUUAUAGACGAUGACAAUAUUGCGAAGCAUAUGAACCAAGGAGGGUUAGAAUUAACUGGAAAUUCACCGGAGCAUUCUUUAUUUGAUAAAGAGAAUCGAAAUAAGGUAUGUGAGACAGUUACCAAUUUGCAGCUAAACGGUUUGGUGAUGCCUGGAUCGAAUGUCACCAUUACGGAAGCAGCUCUCCUGGCGGAAUAUUUUUUGGAGAAGAAAAUUCCUACCUCCGUUGUGGGUAUUCCACUAACAGGAUCAAACAAUUUGAUUCACGAAUUGAUAGAAACAUGUGUAGGGUUUGAUAGUAGUACGAAGGUGUAUGCCUCCCUCAUUGGAAAUGUCCUCACAGAUGCAGUCAGUAUGCCAAAGUAUUGGCACUUCAUUCGUCUAAUGGGAAGAUCCCCCUCACAUGAAGUGUUGGAGUGUGCUCUGCAGACACAUCCCAAUAUGGUAAUCAUCGCGGAGGAAUAUGGAGCAGCUGAUAAAACGCUCUGGAGAGUCGUCCAAGAUAUUGCUGACGUCGUUUGUGCGAGAGCUGAACUGGGAAAGAACUACGGAACGGUAUUAAUCCCUGAUGCGCUGCUCAUGCAUCUUCCACAUAUGAAAAUUUUACUCACCGAAAUUAGUGACAUUCUGAACGAGGCAAAUGAGAAGGGACAGUUGGUCGAGGCGAGGAACGACUUGGUCAAUUUGUCGACAACGCAGGGUGGCACAGCGGGGGCAGCGGCAGGCACAACGGCAGGCACAACAGCAGGGGAAGAACAACCUUUGUGUGCCUCCCCCUGGGUCCAAAAAUUGACCCCGUGGAGUUUAGCCCUGCUGAAGACCUUCCCCCAGUUCAUCAUUAAAGAACUACUGCACGUGGAUCUUAGAUCCAUGAGGUUUGAAAAGUUAGAGACAGAACAGUUGCUCCUACAAAUGGUGAAGGAAGAACUACAUCAGAGAAAACAAGAAGGAAAAUAUUCUGGAAGCUUCAUGGGAUUGACCCACUUCUUUGGCUACCAAGGUCGUUCAUCGUUACCAUCCGAAUUUGACUGUAAGUUGGCCUAUUCCUAUGGCCACGCUGCUUCUAUAGUGAUUGAGAGUGGACUCACAGGGUACAUCGUUUCGAUAAGGGGUCUCUGUGGAAACAUAAAAGAUUGGAAAUUGUUUGCCAUCCCCUUUAUAUCUUUAAUGAACAUUUUGCCCAGAGGACAGGACAGUAAGUAUUUGAAGAGCGCCUCCAAGGGGGACCUCCCCGUCAUUCCUAGUGCCCCGGUUGACCUGAACGGCAAGGCGUAUAGAAGCUUAAAAAUUGCUUUGCAAAAGUGGCAGAUGGAGGAUAGGUUCUGCAAUCCGGGACCCAUCCAGUUUGAAGGAAAUGCAUCUAACUACUACAACCGCAUUUUGUUCGAAGAGCAAUCCGAGUACUUUGAGAUGCUGCGCUAUGUGGAGUGCUACGCAAACAUACUGAAGGAUACUUGCCGUUUUGGAGUCUCAGCCGACUACCUAAAAAACGUCUUCGUGCAACUGUGUGGCAUGCUUGUUUUAGCUUACAAGCCGAACGACAUUCUCUCGAACAUGCCCUACAUUGGCAGCAUCGAGGAUUACUACGACUGGGAGAACCAGCGAAAGCGCAUGGACUAG